GACAACUGAGGAGGUGGAGGGACAAAGGGAGGGACAAUGAGACAGGAAGUGACUCCUUCAGACUUAUAACAGACUGACGGACUGACUUCACUCACAUUUCAAUGAAGCUGAAGACCACAUGUGGAAACUGACUGAACAUUUGUCUGUGAAUGUGGGAUGGAUCUCCUCAACUCCACCCACCUGUCUACCAACAAAUCAGAUUUCAGCAGCACCUUCACCCGGCAGCUGCUCCCCCCACUUUAUUUUGUCGCCUGCAUCGUUGGCCUGGGCCUGAAUGGUGUGGCAGCCUGGAUCUUCUUCAGAGUUCCCAGUGACUCAGGUCUGGUGGUCUACCUAAAGAAUAUGGUGGUCGCCGACCUUCUCAUGCUCUCCACCUUUCCUUUCAAGCUAGCGUCACAGCUUGGUUUGGGUGGUUGGCGCCUCCAUGUGGUCAUUUGCCGCUACAUUGCAGUGCUCUUCUACACAUCCAUGUAUGUGGGGAUAGUGUUCAUGGGCAUCAUCAGCCUUGAACGUUACUUUAAGAUUGUGCGUAACAGCACUUCAUCCUCAUCCAGGUUGGGGGGGCUGUCUGCCCUGCACCUCCUGCAAAGUGUUGGCUUUGCCCGGGUCUCGGCGCUCCUAACCUGGUGCCUGCUCCUCUUCUGUGCCUUACCCAACAUUAUACUGACUAGCCAGCCAGCCAAUGAAGAGAACGCCCGCCACUGCAUGCAGCUAAAAACCCCCCUGGGGGUGCAGUGGCACCGGGUUUCCACACUGUUCAUUGUGGCCCUGUUCUGGUUGACCCUGCUGGUUCUGGCCUUCUGCUACUCCUCUAUCGCCCAUCUGAUUUACCAGACGUAUCGUCGCAUGAAGCACAAUAACAGCUCCAUCUGCCGUAAAUCCAACAGCAGAAUCUUCAGCAUCUUGGCCGUGUUCUUCAUCUGCUUCGUACCGUAUCACGUCUGCCGUAUACCGUACACCCUGAGCCAAAUGCCAGGCUCAGGAUUCUCCCAGGACUCCCGAGUUCUGCUGUUCCAGCUAAAGGAGGGAACACUGUUCCUGUCAGCCCUCAAUGUCUGUCUGGACCCUGUCAUCUACAUCCUUAUGUGUCGCAAAUUCAGGGACUCACUGCUGAACAAACUGCCAGGGCAAAACAGAAGAAGGUCCCUGACUGGAGCCCAGAGCCUGAGCAACAUUUAGAGGAGAGGAAAUGAGGUGACACGGGGGUGGGGUG